GUGUAAUUUUCCGUUUCAUCCGACGGCCAUAAUCCAAUACCGACCCAUUGGGCUCGCCCUCCAAAUAGCCAAAUCUCCGAAUCCAAUUUCCUAAAAAGGAAAACAAAGAAGAAAAGGCGUGAGAGCUCUGAGACAGUGAAAGAGAGAAACCGCCAUGGAUCCACAGCAGCAGAGACCAGGAGCUCCACAUCAUCGUCCUCAGCCUCCGGCUCCAGGCGGAGGUGGCGAUUCUUCGGCCGUUCUCUUCGUACUCUUCGGUUUCCUAGCCAUCUUAGCCUUGACGAUGCUUCCAUCAACAUCAUUAUCCAUUCUUCACCAAGUUCCAGAAGGUCAUGUUGGGGUAUAUUGGAGAGGAGGUGCACUUCUGAAGACUAUUACUGAUCCAGGUUUUCAUCUCAAGCUGCCCUUGGUAACCCAGUUUGAACCUGUUCAAGUCACCCUUCAGACUGAUCAGGUGAGGGAUAUUCCAUGUGGUACAAAAGGAGGUGUCAUGAUCAAUUUUGAGAAGAUAGAGGUUGUAAACCGGCUUCGUAAAGAAUUUGUGUAUGAGACACUUCUCAAUUAUGGUGUGCAAUAUGACAACACGUGGAUAUAUGACAAAAUUCAUCAUGAGAUCAAUCAGUUCUGCAGCUCACAUUCUCUUCAAGAAGUAUACAUUGAUGUGUUCGAUCAGAUUGAUGAAAAGAUGAAGGAAGCUCUUCAGGGUGACUGUACACGUUAUGCUCCAGGAAUUGAAAUUAUCAACGUACGUGUUACAAAGCCUGCCAUCCCAGAGAGUAUAAGACGCAACUUUGAACAAAUGGAAGAGGAACGGACUAAGGUCUUAAUUGCUAUAGAGAGGCAGAGAGUGGUGGAGAAAGAGGCAGAAACCAAGAAGAAGAUGGCUAUCAGUGAGGCUGAGAAGAAUGCCAAUGUGAGCAAGAUUCUCAUGGAACAAAAGUUAACGGAGAAGGACAGUUCCAGGAGGCAGGCGGAAAUCGAAAAUCAGAUGUAUACAGCGAGGGAAAAGAGCCUUGCAGAUGCUGAUUUCUAUAAAGUAAUGAGAGAAGCUGAAGCAAACAAGUUGAAGCUUACUCCACAAUUUCUUGAGCUUAAAUUCAUCGAGGCCAUAGCUGACAAUACCAAAAUUUUCUUUGGAGACAAGGUACCUAAUAUGGUUUUGGAUCAGAGGUUGCUGGGGAACUUCUUGCAGGUUUCCAAAGAAGUUUCCAAGGAAGUUAACUCAGAAUCUGGCUCUGGGGAGGAUAAUCCUGAAGUUCAAUUUGUCUGAUGCAUUGCUAUAUCUUAAAUGUUUGGAUUGGUACAUACAUACUCUGAACACAAAUAGGGAGAAAGAAAAACCAUUGAAUUUUGCACCUAAAUUUGUUGAUUUUUCUCUUUAGUUAUAUGUCCUCAAUUGCCCUUCUCUA